AUGCCUUCACAGAAGAAAGUCCCUUUGAAAGGAAUCAAGACUUUGACGUUUUAUUCCAACCAGUUGACUGCUUCGAGAAGGGUUGAUCCUAUACCUCAACUGAAGUGUAUCGGUUCAGCGUGUAAGUUAUAUCAACCUGAAGUAGUACAAUGUGUGAAUAUGGGAGAUGAUGGACUAGGUGGUGUACAAUGGAGGUGCGAUACAGAUCUACCAUCUUCGUUGAGAUUAGGUAAAGUGGGCGUAUCAUGUGAAGGAUGGUCAAAAUCCGGUGACACAAACGUAUUACAGGGUUCAUGUGGAUUAACUUAUAAUCUACAUAAGGUAAAUAAAGGUCUAGAAUACGGUGAAGAUCCUUCAUUACCUCCUAGACAUGAUUCAUUGUUCAAUAAAGCAUUCAACACUUUAUUUUACGUUAUUCUUUUUGUUUUGUUAUAUAAUAUAUUAAGAUCAUUGAUAUCAAAAUUCUCACCUCGUAAUACUCCUCCUCCGUUAUCUCGUUUUUCACCUUUCUCAGGUGGUGGCGGUGGACCGGGCGGACCAGGCGGUGGUGGUGGGGGUGGUGGUGGUGGACCAGGAUUUAAUGGAGGAGGUGCAGCUCCUCCACCACCACCACCAUAUACGAAGAAUCCACCUUCCACUACCGAUGGCCAAAAUCAAGCUCAAGCUCAAGCUCAAACUGGAGGUGGAGGUGGAAAUUGGGGUCCAGGAUUCUGGACAGGCUUGGCAGCAGGUGGAAUUGGUACUUACCUUGCCAACGCAAAUAGACGAAGAGAACCUUACAACGAAAUGAGAAAUAGAUACGAUCCAAAUCCAAAUAUGAAUAGAAGAUUCGAUGAUGAGGAUGAAGAUCUAUGGAAUAGAAAUAGAGGUGUCGGUCCUUCUAGAGGAACUGGUAAUGGCAGUAGCGAUCUGGGGGAAGUAAGAAGAGCAACUGGUUUUGGAGGUAGUAAUACUCGUUAG